AUGGCUAUAGCUAGCAUAUGCUCAUCCCCAAGCCCAGCCCAACUCUCCCCACCAUUUCUCUGUCUUCACUUCUUUCAUCCAAGACUCACCAUUCUUUGCAACCCUCUUUACCAACUUCUCGUCUUCCUCCAAAAUUGGCGGGAAUUUGGUUCUGGUGAUUCACUGCCCAUUGCGGAAGCAGCAGAGGCGAUUGCUUUGGCCGGAGCUGCUGGCAUGGAGGCAGCCAAUGGUGCUGUGUCCGUAGCUUCUGGAACUGGUAAAGUUGGUCAUCCUGGGGAAGAUGAUAAUGAAGGGGUUAGUGAUGGGAGUGUGGGAAUUGAAGUGAGAAGGAAGAGAAGGAGGAAAAGGAGAAAAGGGUUGGGAUCUUUGGAUGGAGAAGAGUAUAAGAGGAACUUCCCGGAGCAGAGGAUUUUGGUUGACUCUGUAAAAUCUUGGUGUUUGAGUUCAAAAGAGGAGGCAGAGCUUUGUUUGUGUCUCAAGGAGGGAACAAGGAUUGAAAAUGCUAUGCUAAGAACCACAGAAUCCGAAGAGAAUCUUUCUAUCUCAAGAAAGAAGCCUCUAGGUUUGAGGGAGAGGAAUCUGGACAAGGUGUUGUGUAAUACAAGAGAGUCAAGAGAAAGAAUAGCUCCGCGAUACCAAGGACUA